AUGGAGUUAUAAUUAGAGAUAGAAAAGUCAUCUUUAAAUCAAAUCUAAGAAAUUUUUUAUUUAUUUAUUUUGGUAUUUUAUUCUAUUGCCUAAAGUUAUAAUGGCAGUUUAAAGAUUUUACGUUACUUAGAUUACAUUACAUUUAUAAAAUAUUUGGAUAUUCCCUAAAAAGUUACUGAAUUUGAGACUAAAUUGUAAUUAAAUGAUUCUAUUAAGAAUUGGAUGAAGCUGCUUAAGUUAGAAAUCACAGUCCUAAUUUUAGUUCAUGUUGCUUGCUGCAUAUUCUUAGACAUUGGAUAAUUUGAAUCAUAGCAAAAUUAAGAUAGCUGGUUGAAUAAAUUUGAUUUAGACAACUCUUCAAUCUAAUAAUAAUACUUUUCUUCUCUUUACUUUAUGGUAAUAACUAUCUGCACUAUUGGGUAUGGAGAUAUUUCGCCUUACACUUUUAAUGAAAGACUAUUUAUAAUAAUUAUUGCUAUUCUUUCAACUAAUGUUACUGCAUAUACUUUCUCUCAAAUUAGUGAAAUAGUAAAAUUUGAAGACAAUAAAAAUGAAAGUUUUAAUAAACUCAUGACUGGAAUAAAUUAUUAAAUGAAGGUUGGAGGAUUAAGCAUGAAAUUACAGUAAAAAGUGAGGAAAUUUUAUUAAUAUUUUCAUAUUUAAAGCUAAAACUCUCAGAAUUUUGCUAAUUAGUUUAUGAAUUAAUUACCUUAGAAUUUGUAAGAGGAGGUUUUAUUAGAUUUAAAUAAAGAAAGUAUAAACUCAAUUUAUCUUUUUAAAAGUCUUUCAAAUAAAUGCUAACAAAAAAUAUCAUUACAAAUCAAAUAAAAGUAACUCAUGCCAGGAGAAAUAAUAUUGCAUGAAAAGGAAUUAAACAACUCACUUUAUUUUGUAAAUGAUGGAAAUCUAGAAAUAUACAGCACUUUAAUUAUUAAUGAAAAAGAUGAUUCCUUAGGUACUAAAUUUUAGUAGUUGCAAAAAAAAGAUGUUUUUGGGUAUGAAGGAUUUUUACUUGGAGAAGCAAGCUCUUACAGCGUUAAAUCAUCUGGAUCUUCUAUUGUAUCAUUUAUAGAAAAACAAGUUUUCUUAGAGAUUUUAAAUCAGUUCCCAACUGAUUAUGAAAAAUUUUUAUUCAUAAAAGAUCAAACUGUUUAUGGAAGUGUGAAUACAAACGUUUACAAAUUAAAAUGCAUUUCAUGUGGUAUGACAGACCAUUAAUUAUCUAAGUGUCCUUACAUAAGUUUAUCAAUAAAAUACAAACCACAUAAGUAAGUCAAUGAAAGAAGUCCUUAUGUUAGAAAAAGGUACAGAUUUAGCAGUCUUCUGAAAAAAAUUUAAUUUAUUUAAGAGUCUGCUAUGGAAGCCUAAGCUAAUAAUGAUCAAGCUUUGAUAAUAGAGGCUCUAAAUUUACUCUAAAGUUCUGUUAUCAAGAAGUCAGAAAAGGAAGAAGAUAUUGAUUAAUCUGCUUCUUCUCUAUCUUUAUCAGUCUAAAUUAAUAGGCACACCAUAUAAAACUUGGACGAUCUUUAUCCCUCACUAAAAGAUGAAACUUAAUUAAAAAGAAUAUAGAGUGGGGUUAGCUUGAACCAUGAAAACUUUAGCCGAAACUCAAGUAAGAACAUUAAGAGUAAUGAAAAUUGUUCUUUUAUAAAUAGAGAUUCAAAGGUAAUCUCUUACAAAAAAGAGAGAGCCAACGAGUUUGAUAGCCAUCCAUUUAUAGUUUAGUAAUCAUAGUAACAGCAGCAUUAUUCUAUCUUUCACUCAGAGAGCUAAAUUAACUCCAACGAAGAGUAAAAAGAGGAAAAUUCAUAAAAAUUAGAAAGUCAAAAGAGCAUAAAUCAUGGCGAUUAAUAAUAACUGAUUAAAUAAAAUAUGGUCAGAGAUGUAAAAAGUAGAACAUCUUCAUUUCACUAUAAUAAAAAUAGUGAGCUAUCUCCAUAAAGAGAUAAAGCUCAUUUUGAUAGGAAUCUAUCGACUAAUGAUGAUAUAAACACUAGCCAAAAAACCUCCUUACAUCAAAUUUUGAAAAUAAAUAAUUCUCAAAAUAAGUAAGCAAUAAAUAAGGAUUUUCAAGAAACUGAAUUAAGUAUAAUCAGGCAAACCUUUGAAGAGAGACAAAAAAAAUCUAAACAAGAGUACAAAUAAUUUUAAAGAGAACUGAGUCAAAAAAUUAAAUUAUAAAAUACCCCAUCUUUAGAGGAUAUCUUGAGUAAUAGCAAUAAGCUCUAAAGAGUUGUUAAAAGUCUGGAAAAACAGAAAUCAAAUUAAAAUUCUCAAGAAGAAAAUCUUUCUGAAAAAGGAUUCUUUAGAAUAUUUUCAUUAGCUGCUUAAGGAAAAUUUAACAAUCGAAAAAAAUCUGUAACUGUGGAUAAUUUAACAAUGAAAGAAAAUAAUGAUAUUCCAAUUUAACACUCAAAAUAAUCUUUAAAUGCUUCUACUCAAAAUACAAUAUAAAACUAUGAAAUUCUCAAUAACAAGGUUCUAAAUAAUGUAAUUGAAAAUUUUUAGAACACAUUAACCAAAAAAAAAGUUUAAGAACCUUAGAUAAACUCAACUGAAUACUAAAUAAGAUGCAAGUACGAUCUUCAAGAUAUAGAUAUGCUGCUUGUAAGAAAGCAAUAUAUUUUAAUGCAAUAAAAGAAUUUGAUAUCAGACUACAUAUAAGUUCCAGAUAACGAAAUUUGCAUAGAUUCUCUUCAUAAUUAUCUCUAUUAUUAUAGAGCUUACAACGCUAAUAAUAUUAUCUUUAAAUACAAUUAAAAAUAAUUUUUUAAAGGCAAAACUUCGCUUUCUAAUAAAAAAAGAACAACAACAUAAAAAAAAAGACAGUCAAAAUAUCUAUAUUCUUAAAUUUAAAAGUUGAAUUUCUAAAUCAAAUUGUGA